CUUGACGCACCGACUCGGAUGGACCGAGUGCUGUAGGUGAGGGUUGGCAGUUACUUAAAAUGUCUCGGAUGCAGCAGCUGAAGCUGUUCAUCGGUGAGCGGCUGAGUGCGGCAGCAGAGGAGAUCUUUACAGCGGUGCAGAGGACGAUAACGGAGUGCGAGGAGGAAGCUGCUCGCUCCGAAGAAGACGGCGAACAACGUGGACUUAAACAAGAAGUUCAUUUAUACGGCGAAGACCCGCUGCAGGUCUUUGUUUGUGCACAUGAGCAGAAACACUUCGGGGAGGAGUGGAGUCCCGACGGCUGCCACAACAGCCCUAGUGUUGCCCACAAGGACUGUGGCCUGCCGGUCCUGGAGCCUCCAGAAAUCAAACAGGAACAGCAAGAGCCAUGGGUCUGUCCAGGGGGACAACGGCUAUCAGAUAUUGAGGACUCAGUUGCUAACACUUUGAAACUGACUCCCACUUGCAUGACGAGUUGCAUUUAUUCAGAUGUGAGUGAGUUGCAAACUAAUGACACAGGAAAUGAAGACAGGAAGCCUGUACCCAGCUCUUCAGGUGACAGUGGAGAGGUUGAGGGACACACUCUUUCAUGCGGUGAAUGUUGGACUUUUUUGCCAGGUUGUUCUGUAACUGUAAGUGACAUGGGGCCUGAGUUGAGUUUAGAAACACUGACAGGUUACAGUAUCAGUAAAGAUGUAAAAGUAAGUUCUGAACCACGUAGCCUAACUCAAUUAAAUAAAGAGACAAAAAGAAGAAACAAAUCCUACUGCUGUCAUUUCUGUGGCAAAGAAUUCAGCCGCAGCGCACAUCUAGCCACACACACUCAAAUCCACACUGGGGAGAAAAUGUUCAGAUGUGAGGUGUGUGGUAAAGAGUUUCGACAUGGCAAAAGUGUGACUGUGCACAUGAGGAUUCACACGGAGGAGAAGCCGUACCGUUGCAGGAUUUGUGGGAAGGAGUUCCGCCAUGUGGGAAACUUGAACGUACAUAUGAGAAUCCAUACAGGCGAGAAACCGUACAGCUGCAAAGUGUGUGGGAAAAAGUUCAGUCGAAAUAAUUUGAUGACAAAACACAUGGCUGUACAUACAGGUGAAAUGAGUUUGAGCAUGAGGAGUGUUUUCAGUAGAGGUUCUGUUUUCCUGACUUCAUGAGGUCAUGUAUUCUGGCAUAUUCUGGCAAAUGAAAAGAGUGUGGAGUUCUCUCCACCAUCCCAACUAAUCCCUACUGUAACUUAUUGAUUUUAGAUUUUAUGUUGAUUAAUGAUUUUAGAGUUAAGAUGCUUUAAUUUUGUCUAUGCUCUUACUAUGUUUUUCUUUUUAAUAUUCCUCUUUUGAUCUACUUGAAUAUUCAAGUUAAUCAAGUCAAGUUUUACUUUGUUUUUCAUAUACUAAUUCUUAUUUUUUUUAAUCUUUUGUUCUUUUAUAUACUCAUGUACUCAUAGUUUCAUUUAUUGAUUAUACUCAAAUCAUACUCAAUCUUGUGCUUGAGUCGAUGUACUUAUCAAGUUAUGCUCAAGUAUGGAUUACAAUGAGUAUAACUUGGGUGAGACGUGAUGAGUGCAUCAAUUUGAAUAUGUUUUACAAUUUAAAUGUUUUACAAUGCCUGUAUUUUACAUUUAUUCUAACCAUUUUAUGUGGAAGGCUUUCUGUAGCUCCUCGGCCGUACAAUUAUCUGGGGAGCCUUGGGGGGCUCACAAUAUUUUGCUCAGGGACUUUCUAGCUAGAGAUUUUUCUGUGAAAAUUGACUUUCCACUAGUUGCCGUUGCAGCUUGUUACCAUGGUAAAGAAUGCAAUACUUGUGCAUGCUGUGCUCCUUCCUUAUAGCAGAAGCUACUUACCAUUUAUGACUGUGAAUAACAGGAUGCGUUGCUGAUGCACACAGGAGGGGUUAGUUCCUCUAUAUUCUGUAUUUAAGUCAGACAGAAUCUUAGACAGGCAGCUCCAUUUUUCUUUUUCCUUAAGACUGUGUGACUUUUAUUUUUUUACAUAAUAGUUGUUAGUAACUCUAUUACACUCAGAGACAGAUUUUUGUUAACU